CCUUUCAGCAGUACUUCACAUCCUCCUCCCUCUCUCCCUCAGGCUUAAUUCUCAGACUUCACGGCUCACAGCGGCAGGUUUCAUCUUAACGGAGUGGCAGCCCAUGAUGGUUCCCACGUUUGCUGUAACCUGAUCUGGUCUACACAAGCCUUCCCUGAACAACCCUCACUUCCGCUUUUUUCCCUGCGCCUAGCAGUAAUAUUUUCAUUGUCUGUGGAAAUUUGCCGCAUUAACCGUGGGAUUUGCAUGUCCUCGUCAUUACGUGUAAUUUGCACGUUACGUUAUAGUAGAACUACAGAACGCUCCGGUAGUGACUCAUGUAAUGUUUGGGAACCAUGCAAUAACAAACAUUUUGUGACAUAUCUCUUACAAAUAACAGAGAUGCCUGUGCGCUAAAGUAAACUGUAUUGGGUCUUUCACAUUGUGGUCUGUGACGGCGACUUCAGGCUUGAAUAUUUCCUAGAGAUGGCAACUUGUCUUAGGUACUUCCUUUUAACAGAGAACUCUUGUCAGGCACUUCAGCUUAUCUUACGAAAUCCUCUAGAGUCUAGGGUGCCGAGGCAAUAAACAAAAAGAAACUUUAUGACACCCAUAAAUAUCCUCGGUUGGGUUUUAAAAUUAUACAUGCCCUAAAGAACCGGUAUAUUAGCUUGGAAAUAUUUUAAAUUAUUGAAUACAUUUGAAAAGUAUAAAUUGAGGUCUCGACUCACUACCCUAAUGUAAAUAUAGGGCGUGGGUGUGAUAGAUAAGCGCUGAGGGUACAACAGAUUAUCGUUAGAACCUUAUGGUUUGCCUUUUUCUUAUAUGACAUUCUAGAAGCAAUAAUUAAGACGGCUCGGUUAUUGUACUGGUAACGUGAUAUGCAUAUAAUACUCUGACAUUAAGCAAUCAUAAUCAAAAUAACCUAAGCGCAACUCUCCAAUGAUACCGAUCAUGAUCGUACGCAACAAAAAGCAAGCACGCCACAACACUACUGCUGGUUUGCCGCUGUUACAGGUUCAUUAUUUGGACAAGUAGUAAAGUAACUUCAACGUGGUGGGCGCAGUGUGAGGAUCGCGGCGUCAUGGUUAGCUCGGCCCCGUUCCUCCUCCUCCUCCUCCUUGUACUUGCAAGAUACCACCAGCAUCCCAUUAAAUUAUUGACUUCAAAGAUCCUUUAUUGAUGCAUCGGUCUUGUAUCAGAUAAUGAGUGAAUUAUGGAAUUGUUCAAAGGUUUUAAAAUGUAAAAAAAAAAAACUACACCAAGAGUGGAACAAAUUGAUUUUAAGUAUUAAGAGAGUGAGCAGUGGGCGGCCCGCGUGAGACCUGCGAGGCAGCAGGCAGGGACUCUGAGCCGACAGAGAGCGUCAAAGUACGGAGUGAGGGUUGUGCUGUGUUUGUCGUGACGGAUUAUUCGUCUCAACACCGCUACAAUGAGAGGACGGAGGAAGGACCCGCUGGAGGUGUGUGAGUUAAAGCACACCAAUGCCACUCUUAAGUUCCAUGAGUGUGUGUGCACGUUUGACUAUCGGCUCCACAGGAAUUACCAACAAGCCCUGAAAUACAAGCACUGUCUCCUGGCUGAUGAAAUGCGAAGAAUUGACAACUUUGAGCUGUACGUGAUCAUAGCUGUGGUUGUGGGAGUGGUGCUGAUAUUUAGUGUGGCAGCUUUUUGUUCCUGCAAGUGGUACCUCCAUACUAACAGCAACCCGUGUGGAUGCUGUCCAUGUCGCUCCUGCAAGAAGAAGAAAAGGAAAAAGAAAGAGGAAACAACAGUAGUAGAGACAGAUGGUUCGAGCAGCCAUGGCUUUGAGAAUGGGAACCAGGCAUGGACUCCAAUACGCCUUGUUCCCUCAAAGGAAGGAGCCACCUACUCCCAGGAGCCUCAGCCUGAUACUGAGAGUGUGGAUGGCAAAAGGAAAGGAUUUUGCAUGAAGUUUUGUUUGAGUGAUCCAGUUCAGGACUGUUGUGAGUUCUUUGACUGUGAUCUCAUGUGGCGUAAGAAAAGCAUUUACACCAUACCAGUGUUUGGCCGCCGCAAGCCGCCCCCAAUGCAGAGGAGACCCACUCGUCCUGCACCCCCGCCCCCCAAGCCUCCUGUUCCUCCCAUUGUAAAGCAUUCUGAGCCUUUGCAUAUUGGUUUUGAAGAAUCGUAUUGUGAACCCAUCCCAGAGGCCCCAUCCCCAGACCCCGUGAGGGUUGAUCAACCCAGGGCCAUGUAUGUUGAUCCAUUUUCCUUCCUGCAGAAACCAUUCCUGAGAAGCAAGGAAAAGAUACCUGAGGAGGAACCAGAAGCCCUGUACAAUAAAAUGAAAGGCUUGGUUUUUGGUAAGAAGAAGAGUGGCAGUAUGGCAUCCCUCAAUCAUGUAGGAGUGUCAAAGAACCCAGACACAGUUAGUAAUACAUCAAGUAAAAAGAGCAAGUACAGCAGGACUGGGAGUUUGGCCUCCCUUCAUAACCUCAGUGAUGAACAACUGGACAGCAGCUACCAGGCCAAGAGAUCCAUGAGUCUUGCCUCUCUGCACAUGGUGGAGGAGGAGAACACCCAGCAACUGGUGCCAAAGGGGCCAGGAAGCAGGUUGAAUGUAGCAAGGAUCAGAGGCUCACUUCAUAACAUUUGUGAGGAUGAUAUUCCUCCUUCAAUGAGGACAGAUGAAUACAUAGACCUUGAGGAGAUGAACAAGCGUAUAGAAGCAAAGAUGCUGGCUGCACAAGGUAACACUACUCAAUAUCCACCCACCCCACCACAAAAACCUGCAGUAAACAUUGAGAAUAAACCUGCUCCACCUUCAGCCCCUUCAGGGCUCAGCUUGGGGACACCAGACUUCAUUCCAGCCUCUGCUUUCACAAAGCCCACAGGACCACAGCAUUAUCCUCAGUACCGGCCAACCUCACCACAAGGGGAGGGAAUGAUGUCAAAGUAUUACCCACCAGUGCCUGCAACUCCUGAGAAGCCUGCAGUGCCAGCAAGGUUAGCUGUUGGCACACCUAUUAGUGGCACUGGCACCUUAGGAAGGACCAAACCCACAGUGCCACCCAGGCCUGGAAGUGGAAGCAGCUCCCCAAAACCUCGAGCACCACAGCCGCCCUCCACCCUGGGCAGGUCAGGUCAUGUGGUGAAGCCCACGGCGCCGCCACCUCCUCCGCCUGUCACUGCUCCCAUUGAGUCUUCCCUCUGAGGAUGGUCAUCGUAGGUGCUUAGAUGGGAUCAGUUACACUACUUGGGAUUCAUCAUUCAACUACAUUUUGAUGCUCAACCAACACUUGUGUUGUUUCUUUUUCAUUAAGUAUUGUCACUUAUUGAGUGGUUCAUCCUCAUAACUCAUUGUGAGCUUCACAAGUCACUUAGGUAAGAAAAAAUUCUUUGCUUCUUUGUGUGCAGUACAAAGAUGGUAUUGGUCAAAAUAGUCUUCCUCUCCAUGAUGUUGAUUCAUACCAAAGUUUAGUGUAGUAGUUCAGCUGUGUCCUGUUGUACAUAAUGUUCUGUAUGCAUUUAGGCUUCAAAGAAUGCUGAAGUGUUCAGUAACUUAGUCAACAUCAUUGAUAGGAGGAGGUAAAAUUUUUUAUCAUAGUUAACAUGGCAAAUUUCCAUUUAUAUCCAUAUUUCCUAUCAAGGUGUUUAUUCAUUUUUAUAUCACAAAAGUAAUGUUACAUACACAUAUAUUUAUUCACUCACCAUUCAUGUUAUGCAUAUAGGUUCUGUAGUCAUUGUUUAGGAAUUAUAGUAAGAGAAUAUCCAACCUCCAUAGAUAGGCAAAUGUGAUUUUGUAUUAUUUUGUAAUACAUUAAGCCUUCCCCAAAGAAAUGGGUGGCAUACAAGGAAUACAGUAUGCAUGAAUACACUCAAACUUGUAUGAGUCCCUGGAAAUGUUCACACAACUUGAUAUUUUGAUAUGCUUGUGAUUUUAUGUAGUAAUUGAGAUUCUAUCCAGAUCCUCAAAAAACACUAGCACAUAUUUAUGCUCAUUUUGCACACAUUAUUUUGACAAACUUUGGUACACAAGCAGGAUCACCAUGCAAAGUGUUCAGGGGAAAGGAAGCAGUGAGGCACCACAGAGAGCCUGCUGGACAGACACUGUGGCUGCUGCUGCUUCUCUGCUGCUGCCACACCACCUUCACUGCUCCCUCAUCUGAUGUAAGCUAUCUUGAAGUUCACAGUUUUUAAGUUCCCUAGUCUUCAUUAUCUGCUCAGCUCAUGAAGUCUUUCCAUAUUGAUUAGCAGUUUGUUUUUCAGUUUGUUUCCUGAAGUGGACAGUAUUCAGUAGUUAACAGAGAUAUCAACUUUAUCAUUUAAUUUGGAAGUGAUACAUAUGUAUUAUAGUAUUAUAUUGUGUUUUUUUAUUUAUUAUUAUUAUUUUUUUUAUAUAUCUUUGUACAAAUGUGUUGGCUAGAUUUAAGAUGCUUUAGUUACAUUAUGAUUUCUAGUGUUUUAGGAAUUACAGGUUUUAUAUUUGGCGAUGCUUAUAACAUGCCAAAAAUAAUUGAUUGUGGCAAUAAUUAUCUACGUAGAAGAAUCAGGAAACUGACUCCAGUGUAAAAUAUAACAGACAUGACAUGGGUAUUAUUACAAUGAAUUAUGUAGUAUUCAGUAUAAACCAGUAUAUGCAGCCAGUCUUUUUAAUAAAAGCAUGGUUGUCACUGAACGGUAUUGUGCUAAAUCAGACUCCUUAUUGCAUUGAAUGGUCCUAAGCGCUUAAGUUUAUUGAUAGUAUCCAAAGAAAGACGCCUAGUGGGUACAGUGGCAUGAGUAUGCUUGUUUUAGAGCAAUUUUUUCAUGCUUGUUAUCUUAAGUGUUUUUUCUUGUAGGUUAUCCAUUUUUGCGGCUGGUCUUGAUAAUUAGAUUCUUACUCAUUUACUUUGAGGCAUACAUGCUUUGCAAUAUCACAGAGCUAUCCUGCCUUUCUGAUCUCUUUCCUUCCAGUCAGUGAAGGGUUCCACCUAGCUAUUUGAAAAGAUUAAGGUAAAGCAGUUGAUUAAUACUUCUAAGAUUUGUGCUAAUAGGAAAUCAAGUGUUUCAUAAUGACAAUAUUCACUUUGGGCUAAUGAACAGGUCUUAGUCAGCAAUAUGGUGUGACAGUGCCCACCUUCAUGAAGACUGCCUUUGAGUGAAGUAAGAAACUUGUUACAGCAGGUUGGGAUGUGUCAUCAGAGGGAUUAAAGAAUAUUCUCUACAAUUAUGGAAAAUCAUGAUGGUCAUAAAUGGCAAUAUUAGAAUGUAUAAUGUCUCAUAAACAGCAGGUACAUUUAUUAUGAUGAUUAAUUUGAAUUAAAUGCAUAUUGGUGCUUUAUUAUUAGAUAAAAAAGGCUAACCAUCUUGCAUAAUUAAUAUAGGAAGUCUUUUUUGUAACUUCAUUGUGAAUAUUUAUGCAAAAGGCCACUGUAGUGAUAUAUAUCUGAUGAUGCAAUGGAAGAUAUUGUUCCUUAUCAUAAUUAUCUACUCAAAUUGGCAUUUUCUUGAAUAACAAGAUGUGUUGACUGAUACAUGACUGAUGUAAAGUAACAGUGUCUUGAAGUCUUUUCUGCAUCUCUAGUGAUUUCUGAACUGUCAUCUUUGUAUUUUGUAUAGGCUGUAAUUUUGUACAUUGUGUAAGUAGUUGAUGGAGGCCAGUUGUAGACAUUACUUGGACCAUCUGCCUCAGAGUGACUGUGUUGAGGCUGGUGAGUGUCUCACCUUGGCCAGGUGUCAGGUGUGCCAUUUCAUCACUCAUACAGGUAAUCCUGACAUAGAAUUGUAUUUAGUUCAUCUUUGCUGCAUUUUUAUAAAAAUUUCCAUAUGCUUUAUGGCAUGGUUUUAUUAGGGAAGUUUCAUGUACUUAUGUGUUUCUUUAGUUGCAAGGAACUUUGCUCGUCUCAUUAGGCUUCCUCCUGGACUGAGUGAUGGCCUUUUCUUAUGUGCAGGAGCAUUAGUGUUAUGUGAGGGACACUCAGCUGCUGGAAGGGACAAAACUCAAAAUAAAUACAGAGGUGGAGUAUCAGGAUUGAGUCUGCCUCAGAAUUAUGUAUUGAACUUCAGGCAAGUCUCAAAAUGUAAGAUAACAGUUUUCUUGCUGUGAGUGCAAGAUAAUGACUUGCAGUGAAGUAAUAGAAUAGGGCCCUGUAGUGUGUUUUUUAUCAGAUGGGUGGAUGAUCACUAACUGGCUGCUAUUAUAUUUAAGGAUCUCAUUGAACAGCCUUAUUCAGUAUUGACACACUGUCAGAUACCAUUAGAAUAUGUGUGUGUGUGUACUUUUAUGAGUUUUUAGUAUUUUUGUUGAUAUAAAUGUUGUUUUUUGACAUUUUGUGUGUAUAUUUUACAAAAUCAAGUGUUAGUAUGAAUACAGGCAGUACUCUACUGGCACUUUAUUUUCUCAUUGAAGAACAUUGUUGAAUUCCUCUCAAUUUGUUAUACAGUGUCACAUGUUUUGCCUUUCAUUGUAACAUUUUUGACCAUACAAUAUAUUGACAGUAUUUUGUACAUGUUGAGAUUUUCUAUUUACUUUUCCAAUUAAUCUUUACUCCUUGGCCUGGCCUGUUUAAGCGUCAUUGUGAGUGAGUUGAAGUUUAUCAGUAAUGAGGUUCAGUCAUUAUAUACUCAAGUUAUUUUUCUCUCUUUAACUCUUCAUUUUCUUUCCUUUCUUAAUUGCUUUUAUCUUGGAUGAAAUUUGUAGUCCCAAGUUAGGGCUGGCCAAAAGUUAUUCAUAUGCUCACUAACUUAGAAACAUUUGUGCAUUUUAAGAGCAUGACAAUAUUUUGUUCUGAACAAGUGUUUAUAUCAGACCUAGAAGAUUCCUCUUGUGUGUCAUUACUAUUAUGUUUAGUGAAAGCAAAUGUUUUCAUGAUUUAUUGAAAUAAAGGAAAGAAAUUCAUAUUGUUAUAUCAUAUCACAUAAAAAGAAAGAAAAAAAUAAGAACAAGGAAAAACAAAACUUUUAAGGAGAAAGAAAGGAAAGUAACAUAGCACUACUUUUGCUGACCUUGAAGUGCAUAGCUAUGUUGCUGAGCUGCUACUGCUGUGGGGGUGAAGGGCUGAGGGUGUGCUUGUGUGUGCAUGCAUGGGAAAUGCAUUCAGACUUACUUUAUAUUGUAAUUAUGUUUUGUAGUGUAGGCUUUGCUGUACUUUAGUGAAUUAAGGGAUUGAAAAGAAUACUUAAAUCAAAAUGUGUUAGAUAUGUAUGUAUAUGAGUAAGUUAUGAUGUAUGGUCAGCACAGUGGGUUAAGUUCAUGGCUAUGUAUGUGUAUGGAGGAAUUCUUUGCUAGAUGAUAAUGCCAGUAUGAAAUAGUUCCAAUAUGUUAAACCCAUGUUCAGUUGAUUGUGAUAAUGUAUGCCAUACUUUGUAUGUAGUGUAAAUAAUAAUGGAAUUAAUUGGA